ACUUUCAUGACAUAGUGUGCCAUUUAAUGGCACUGUGUUUUUUGAUUUGUUUUACCUCACGGACAUAAAAUGGUAUGAAUAUAUUACAAUGCAACUAAUAUUUUAUCACUUAGUUAACUUAACAACAUGUUCUGAGUUGACACAGCUAAAGCUUUUCAAUAACAUUCAAAAUACUGACAUUUUAAUCCUCAAAUCUUAAAUUAAUGUAUUGAAUGAAAUGAUAUUCAAUCUUCCUGCUGUUUGUUUUCUCUGAGGUAGCUGAUUUUUAUACUUGUGUUUGGACAGAACGAGAGAGCCAUGACAGCAGGGAUAUUAGACGCAAUUUCAACGAAGGAUGAUUAUUAUUAUGAUGAUAGCAAAACCCCUCCAACUCAGUCCUCAUUUGGCCAACCACCGGAUACAUCAGCCAGUUCACAAGGGGACUACAUACUCCUUGUGGUCAAUGUGGUCAUCUUACUGCUGGGGGUUUGUGGGAAUGGGGUGGUCAUCUGGAUAGCUGGUCUCAAGGUGAAAAAGACGGUCAACACCACCUGGUACCUCAGCCUGGCCAUCUCCGACUUCAUAUUCUGUGCCUGUCUCCCCUUCAACAUAAUCUACAUGGUAACAAAGGAGUGGAUCUUAGGGCACUUCAUGUGCAAGUUCACCUCUUUUGUGAUGUUCCUCAACAUGUUCAGUAGCAUCUUCCUCCUGGUCGUCAUCAGUGUUGACCGUUAUCUACUUGUCGUAUUCCCAGUUUGGGCCCAGAACCAGCGAACCGUGAGGAGGGCCUCUGCAGUUGUGGUUCUUGCCUGGGCCGUCUCUGUUGCACUGAGCAUUCCCUCCACAGUGUUUCGUCAGGUAACCACAGAUGGCAUAAAGUGCUCUAAUUAUUACCCACACCCAAACAGUCACAUAACUGUAGCUGUCAGUCGAUUUAUCAGUGGCUUUGUGCUCCCGCUCCUCAUCAUCAUCUUCUGCUACUCUGUCCUCAUUCUGCGACUGAGGACCAACAGGAUGACCAGGUCCUCCAAACCCUUCAGAGUCCUGACUGCACUGAUAGCCAUGUUUUUCAUCAGCUGGCUUCCAUACCACGUCUUCAUCCUUCUGGAACUUAAAGCCCACGAUCAAACUUCUCUAACUGUUAUUCAUGAAGGGCUAAAUAUAUCUGUGACUCUGGCUAGUGCAAACAGUUGCCUGAACCCGUUUCUGUAUGCAUUCAUGGGCAAAGACUUCAAGCGGAAAUGCUGGAACUCUUUCCUUUCUAAGAUUGAAAAUGCUUUUGAUGAGGAGGAACGCUCUUCAAGGAGUAGAGGAACCUCUUUCUCCCAGGCUGAUUCAAAAGUUUAUACAAAUGUCUGAUUGCCUUUCAACAAAUAUUGUAAAACAGGGCAAACUUAUGCCCCUUUUAAGUAUAUUUUAUAUAUUUCCAAUACAAUAACCCAUUAAGUUCACAUAUUAAGGUCCAUAGUUGUGACAAUAUAAGAUUUGCUCUGUCUUAGCCAACUGUUAUGCAAACUAUGCAAAUGUUUUAACCCUGAGGAAACUAAUUUCAAGUUAUUUCCUGUAACACCCACUCAAUUGUGGUAACGGUAUUGUUCAAAUGUAGUUGAAUGUAAUUUUUAUCACCAUUCAAGUAACAUAAGCAACAAUAUUGUACUGUAUUGUUCUGCAUUUCCUGCCAUGCAUCACCCAUCUUAUGUUUGACAGGUUUUGUGUAAUCAGAUUUGUUCCAUGAAAUGUAAUUCAGCCCACCGUGCCAACAUUCAUCUGUCAGGUCAUCUGCUGUGACACUGAAAGGUCAAGUGUAAUUACAUAUCCUAUAGAGGAGCUGAGAAUCUUAUUGAAGAGCCCUGUGUUUCUACUUCACAAAACCGCUGUUUGUCAACAAUUAUUUUGAAUGAACGUGAAGCCUUUGGAACUUCAUACUGUACUAAUAUCUCUUACAAAUUGUGAAAUAGCUUUUUUCACAUGUUAAGCUCAAACUUUCUCAUGUGAAUCCAUAUGUUCACAUGUAUUACAUUUAGAGAUAACAAGUUAACACCACCUUUCACAUGUGAGGAGAAUAACGUGUUUUCUCCUCCCAUGAGUUGCAAGUUUACAUGUAAAAAACAUUCACAUUUGCAGUUUCACAUGUAAGAAUCAUUCACAUUGUGUAAUUGCAAGGUCACAUAUGGGGCUGAAAUAGUGUUAUUCCCCUCCCAUGUGAAACAGUGGUGUUAACAUGUUGCAGUAGCAAUUUUUCCACAUGGGGAAUUGCAAAUUAUGUAAUGCCAUUCUACUUUAAUUAAGUAAUAAUUAAAGUGCAUAAAAAUGAAUUAUGGUGCCAUCCACUUCAUUUGUUUUCCUCCAUGGUGUUGCAUUGAUACAUGUAUAUUUAGUACUACCACGAGGAGGAGGCAUUCAGAGUGUUUCUGCUGCAGGCGCACGCUCUAUUCAUACGUUGGUCCGUGGCUGUUGGAAGUAGUCCGGUGAAAAGAACCCGAGAAGCUAGUUAGCUAGCAGUGUCUCCUUAUUUUUAAUAUCCUGUGUUCCGGUUUGUAUUUUUUAUUUUAUUUUAUUUAUUUUAUUUUACCGUUAUUUUACCAGGUAAGUUGACUGAGAACACAUUCUCAUUUGCAGCAACGACCUGGGGAAUAGUUACAGGGGAGAGGAGGGGGAUGAAUGAGCCAAUUGUAAACUGGGGAUUAUUAGGUGACCAUGAUGGUUUGAGGGCCUGGUAUGCAUGGUUACGUUUUCAAAAUCUAGAGAGAAAAUGUUUAACUGAACUGUAAUGAGUUUAUGGGUCAUUUUGAUGUAUCAUUUAAUUGUUUUGACCAAUUGGAAAACAAGUGAGAUUUUUUUCCAUGAACAUGAGCGUAGCGAAGCUAAAUAACUAGCUAGCUAAAUCACUUUUGUAUGCAAGUCAAUGGUAACAUGUUGGCAUCUCAGAUGAUUUAAAAAAAUAUAUUUGAUACUUUUCGGAUCUCUUAAAUUGUAAAAAUGUUCACAAACAAGGGCUCAUAUUGAGGGUAUUUGUCACACCCUGGCCUUAGUUAUCUUUGUUUUCAUUAUUAUUUUAGUUAGGUCAGGGUGUGACAUGGGGAUGUAUGUGUUUUGGUUUGUCUAGGGGUUUGUAUGUUUAAUGGGGCAGUGUCUUGUCUAGGUGUUUGUAUGUCUAUGGCUGCCUAGAUUGGUUCUCAAUUAGAGACAGCUGUGGUUUAUUGUCUCUGAUUGAGAGCCAUAUUUAAGGCAGCCAUAGGCAUUUGGGUUUUGUGGGUAAUUGUCUAUGUUCUAUGUUGCAUGUGUGCACUUAGUUCAGUUUAGCUUCACGUUUGUUUUGUUCAUUUUGUAAGUGUUUGUUUUUUCCUUCAUUAAAAGAUGUAUUUUUCACGCGCUGCGCCUUGGUCCUCUCUCUCUUAUCAAGACGAUUGUGACAGUAUUUGCAUGUGUACAUAUGAACCACGCUAAUUAUAUGUAUUUUAGAAUGUCAUUUUUUAUUAAAUCUAUAUCUAAUAGCCGCAUGCUAAUUUCUAACUGCUAGCUUGUUAGCUAGCUUAGU